AUGGGACAACGCCCACAUUGCAAUGAUAACAAUCUCAUGUUUCCUUGUUUCAAGAUAAAAAGCCGCCUAUUGUUCUCUUUACAGCGGAGAGAUGCUGGACUCACAAAAGAAGAUGUUGAGAGAUGUAUUGUAGAUGAAAAUGUGGGCGAACUAGACCGUUUGAAGAUGUUCCUUUCACCGACAGCUCAUCAGCUUCAACAAAGCUGCGCAGUAGCUAAGCUUCCGACAACGUUCCAAGAGUACGGACUACGUGCAUAUCACGCUCUGAUUCCCACGAUCAACAGUUCCCUGGAGCGUUUCAAUGCACAAAUGCAAGUAGUGGGAAGACUCCUGCCUACAAUAAUGACUAUGCUGACGUCAACUCGGCCAGAUGCUGUUGUGUACGCUUGGCUUGAGGCUCUUUGCUCGUUAGUGCCUUUUCUACCUCGAAAGGUCCUCACUGAAAGUUUGCUAAAAUUGGCUCUAUCUAAAGGACAGCCUGACGAGUCGUCCCAGACAAAAAUUCUUUGUGCUCGAAUAUAUGGCUCAACCGCACCCUCCUUAGAAGGAAAAUAUGUCGAACAAACUUUCCUACAAAAAGCCAUGGCACUUUGUCAGGAUACGGAUUCAGAGGUUCGGGUCUGCAUGUGUCGACAGCUGUAUCCAUUGUCACGGACGGUUGGAUUGGACACAGCCGAGAGGGUCGUGCUGCCAGAGCUUUGUGAACUGCUAAGAGAUGAGGAAAUUCCUGUCCAACAUGCAUCACUUAAAUGUCUAUUGGAAAUGCUGAGCAUGUUCCCGCCAGAGACGAAACAGUUGAAGAUCUUUCCAAUCAUUCGUUCGUUUUGUGUGCAGCAGGAAUCGGAAAUGCUUCUGUCUUUGCUGCCGUUUCUUGGAGAAAUCCUUGUGAAGAUGGGACCAGAAUUAAAAGAGGAGGAUGUGCAGGUUCUUGUGGACUCGUUCAGGUUAUUUUGUAGUCACGAAGAUGAGAACAUAAGACGACUCUGUGCAUACAAUUUCCCAGCCGUGAUGAAGUGCAUGGGCCCACGAAAGCAUGUGUGGGGAUUGCAAGCAAUGUAUUUGCACCUCUUUCAUGAUCCAAUGCCCAGAGUUCGCGCUUCAAUCGCGGCAUCCUUUCACGAGGUUGAGUUUGUCAUGUCUGGGCAGUUCUCAAGUUCGGGUGAGCACCAAAGAUUGGCAACAUAUGGUGCAAUUAUUCCAUACUUGUUGCAGAUGGAAAAGGCUAUUAGUAGCACCCACCAGUGGCGUUUACAACUUGAUCUUCUUAAUGCGUUUCCUCAGCUGCCUGACUAUGUUUCCAGCGACCAAAUCUUUGAGUACUUCGUACCUAUUUGCUUUAGAUAUAUGUCGGACGGGGCGUUGCCAGUUAGAUCAGCGGCAACGCUAUCUCUUGCAAUAUUUAUACGCCAUAAUAAACGAACAUCCCAGCGUUAUGACUUAUCACAAAGAGUGAUAAAAGACUUCGCAAAUGGGCAAAGCUACUGGUCGCGUUUGGUGUUUAUAGAGUUUUGCGAGAGCAUGUUGAAGACAUCAAGCUCACAAAUGUUCAAAGAACACUUUCUUGAAUCAGCAAUAGUUGUCCUACAGGAUGCCGUGGCCAGUGUUCGCAUGCGAGCGUGCCUACUCAUACCUUUGUUAAAAGCAGCCAUCAAGCUUCCAGAUGAUGUCCAGGCACUAGAGCGAAUAAACUUUUUUGCAACACAACGGCUUAAUGACAACGAUCGCCAUGUUGCAUCCGUCGCUCGUAGCAUUGCGGACUGCCUGAAGCACGCGAACAUCAGGCUCCCCGGAAACGAGAAGUUCUCGCAGGCCGAAUUUGAAGCCAUUGACAAGCAAAAGGAAGAAGAGGAGUGGAACAUGCUGAGCAAGGAAGAGCAAGAUGAGAAGAGGAAGUUGGAUGAUGUACUUCAUAGGAUGAAGCUGGAACCUCACAAAAGGACCGGACAUGCCACCGGUACGUCCACGGCGCGAAUGCCCUCCAAAGUCACUGGCAGUCCCAGUGUCAAAGUAAAAGCUGCUGCACCUGGAGUGUUGAGCUCGGGCGGCAAGCAGAAAUCUCCUCCUGCUGCCACCGCUCCUGGCUCGGUCAAAGCGCCCAACUCAGCGAGACUAGAGUCGGAAUCCGAGUCGAGUGACGUCUUCUCUCUACCACAAGCGCGGCCUCAAAGCAAGGCCAAAGCUGGGUGGAAACGAACGCUUCGUAAUGUUCCUGGCAUUAGAGGCCUAGCCAGUAGAGUGGGAGGAGACGCUAUAAAUCAUCCAGGUGCUUCUUCCAGCUCGGAGGACAGUGCCCUGCAAAGAGCUUGGGAUGCUGUGGUUGACACCUGGAACUUCAUUACCCGGAAGGCUAGGUAUGCAUUGCGGGGAGGGAGACUUCUUGUGAGCGGCGGGCGGCUUUUAAGAGGAUUCUUCUAG